AUGACCAUGAAUGGCUCUGCCACAACCACCGAGGCCGCUGUAGCCAUCCGAGAACAUCAUCCUAUACACGAUGUCCUAGAAAUACCAAUGGGUCUUACACAACAAGACAUCAUUCAGAUCACUCUUACUGGACCAGGUCUCAUCCUCACCAUCCUAGGUAUCAUCAUCAGCAUCAACCUUUUCCAGCCAUCCCUAACCUGCACCCUCAUCGCUUUGGCACCGAUACCAUGGAUCAUCUACAACGAUUACCACAACUUCAUAUCCUUAGGUCCAGGAGGAACUCCCUCUACUCUACUUGGAUACGUCAAAAUCACCUAUCUCCGCAUCUUUGCUCUUUCCGACCCUUACAGCCCGCCAAAUGCCUCUGAUGAUACAAAUCCCACGAUCGGCUACAUUCAACGCGCUCGUCCUCACCUUCCCAGCCGCAAUGGUCCACGUCCCAAAGUCGCCGGUAUCGCUCCUCAGAGACAAAUAAGCCAAUAUGGUUCUCGAGCCAUGUACCGACUUCUCCGCACCAGCCUCAACAAUCUCGCACAUCGUCACUCCGACAAAUUGAAGACAGACGUAUCAUGUUUUGAAAAGAAAGGACUUGCACUCUUCGCUCUCGAUCCCAUCAACGCCACCUGCAAGGGAGAAAUCUGUCAUGUGCAUCAUAGCGACAAUAGUUUCCACAUGAACCUUCACCCCCACGAUGCCAAAGUUAUCCUGGAAAAGGGUUGGGGAGAAAGACAUCCGAUGGCUGGUGCUUCGACACCAAAAGCCAUUUCGAAUUUCCUGUCUUAUCUUCCAAAAUCUAUAUCUGCGUGGUUGUCACCAAGAGUUGUCCCCGAUCAAUUCGUUCUGAUAUAUGCACCGAGGAAUAGAGAGGAGCUACAAGUUGUAUGCCACAUCAUCGAGGCGGCUACUUUUUGGGUCAGUGGCGAGCAACUAACGCUUCCUAUUGAGAGUGUCCCGUUGGGCGAGGAACCUGUAGGUGCUUAA